CGCAGAGGCUUUUUGGGUAAUCUAACAAUAAUUGAGAAUUAUAUAAUACAAUUGAGAAUUAUAUGAUAUAAUUCGUAGUAGCGGGCGGACGGGAGGGAGCUAAUAAUAGUAGCGGUGAGUGGCGGGCGGACGGGAGGGAGUCGGGCGGUUGCGGGUUGAAAAAUGAAAUUUGAGAAGCCUCUGCCAUAUAAUGUUUCCAAUAUGGCGUCAAAUUACAUAUCAUAUUAUAAUUACGUAUCAUCUCAUGAAUAUUUUUCAAAAUAAAUAUGGAUGAGACUAUAAAUCAAACAAAGAAUGUUUUGUCGUUGACUACCAGACCAUUUCAAGAAGCGAAUGUUUCCGGUAAAGUAAUCUGUUCUAAAUGUUAUGAAAAUACGAAAGAAAUAAAAUUUUAUUUAGAAGAUGCAGGUUUAAUUCAACAUUUUCGGGUGAAACAUCGACAUAUGGCCCUUGACGAAAGACUUGUUAAAGAAUGUAGGUUGCUAUUUCAAGACUUGCAUGGGCAGGAAACUUUCAGUGUAUUGCAAAAACUAGCCAAGAUUCGCGGCGAAGCAAAUGUGAACUGUUGCAGUUUGCAAAAGUACGAGGAGUUUUCGGUGGAACACAUUACUGAAAAUUUGGCUAACAAGAUGACUACUCUUAAAGUUAUGGCAAGCACGAGACGGGAGGCAGCAAAAUUAUAUGGCUUAUAUUUGAAACACAGUGGCAUUCUAAAACAUCUUAGCGGGAAUCCUUGUCAUGUUCGAGUUAAAAUAUCUUCUAGUGUAACUGAUCACCUUGGCCAAUGUUUUAAACUUUGGGAUGCAUGUGCAAAAAUUUAUGCUGAAUGUUUUGUUUCCCCUAAGAGGUCUAUGUUAUUGCCAAGACAUCAAACACCUGUGCCAGACAAGUGCUUGCAAAUGCAAAUUUCUCGAGAAUGUAAGACACCUUUGCAGUUUCUCCAAACAGUUUUUGGACAUCAAGAAUUCAGACCAGGCCAAGGUGAAGCUAUUGAGUUUAUAUUGUCUGGAGAAGAUACAGUUGUAAUUAUUCCAACAGGUGGUGGUAAAACAGUUAUAUAUACUCUUCCUUGUCUAAUGACACCUGGCUUGGCAUUUGUAGUAUCACCUCUUAUUAUGUUAAUGAGUGACCAAGUUGCAAGACUACAACAAUGUGGAAUCAACACAUGCUAUUACAACACAAUGCUAACUGAUAAUGAAAGACAGAAUAUAUUACAUAAUCUGAAACAGCCAGAUUGUCAAUAUCAGUUUUUGUUCAUUAGCCCAGAAGCUAUUGUAACUGAACAAUUGAAACAUUGCUUGAGUCAGAUUAGUCAUGAGAACAGAUUGAGUUUUUUCAUCAUAGAUGAAGCACAUUGUAUUAGCACAUGGGGUAAGGAAUUUCGCCCAGCCUACCAGCAGCUUGGUACCUUACGGAGCUACAAUGUUCCAAUUAUAGCACUUACCGGCACAGCAACAACUGAAACUUUGGAUGCAAUUAAACAAACACUUGAGAUGGAUAACCCAAAGGUAGUGAAGAUGCCAUGUAGAAGAGAAAAUCUAAUCUAUUCAGUUGUUAACAAGGAUAAUAAAGCUAAAGAACAAGUCUGUAAAAUAAUUGAAGAUGAUUUUGCAGAUGUAUGUGGUAUAAUUUAUUGUGCUACCCAAGCAGAUACUGUCGAAAUUGCAUUUACUCUAAAAGAACAUGGUGUGACAGCUACAUACUACCAUGCAGGGAUGGAGGGUGGACAAAGGAUGCAAAAUGCUUUGCUUUGGCUAGAAAACAAGGUCAGAGUUAUAUGUAGCACAAACGCAUUUGGAAUGGGGAUAGACAAAAAAGAUGUUCGGUUUGUAAUUCAUCUAACUCUUCCUUCAUCUUUAGAAGAUUAUAUACAGGAGUCCGGGAGAGGAGGCCGUGAUGGACACAGAUGUGAUUGCAUUUUAUUAUUUCGUUUUGGUGAUAGGAUGUUCCAUUUAAAGAACAUAUCUCAAUUGUCAUCAGAGCAAUUUAAAGAAAACAAGCAUAUUCUUCUUAAUGCUAUUACAAGUUUUUGUAUGGAGCGUUCAAUUUGCAGAACACAGUUUAUUACAAAAUAUUUUUCAGAAUUGCCAGGUGGUGCAUGCAAAUUGUGUGAUAUCUGUCAAAAAGAAAUUACCCACCAAAUCAAGGAUUUCACAAAUGAAGCAAAAAGCAUACUGGCAUGCUUGACAAGUAUGGUUGCAAUCCAGAGCAAAGUAAAGGUCAGCAUGCUGACAAUGACGUAUAUGGGUUCCAAGGCGAAAGAUAUUGUUAGUAGUGGAUUUCACAUGGUUCCACAGUAUGGAAAGGGUAAGGCCAAUUUCCGAAACAUUUCAGUUCUUACACACUUUGUACAUUUUUUGAUCUUCAAAGGAUUUUUGAAUGAACAUGUUCAGCAUGUAGAGGAUAGAUUAUCAUCAACAUACCUAACAAUUGGGAACAUUCAGAAUUUAUCAAAUGACUCUUGUAAGGUGUUUUAUUGAUGGGCAUGUAAAGUAGUGGCAACAGCAUACAUUUAAACUGCACUUAAGAUUAACUAAAUAUAUUAGUAGGUAAUUGUAUAUAUUAAUGCAUUGUUCACAAUCUAUAGUAAAGAUGGUUGCACACAAAUCUGAUUCUGGUUUAAGAUGCAAUUUGAUGAAAAAUAAG